CAUUCAUCGGUUCCACUUUGUUUACAUCGAGCGCGUGUUUUCGUCGGGGGCGCUAGGUUUUACACUGACCUUUAACGCAGGAUGAAAGUUCUGCGAUGCUUACGAAGGCUUGCUUCCAAACCGAUACUGCAAGAAAGAUCAUUGCAUCUCAGCCCCUGUUCGUACAGCAAACUGAAAAGGAAACUGAAGGACUGGGAAGGCGUCGUUGGUCUCGAAGUUCACGUCCAGAUAGCUUCCGAGUCCAAGCUGUUCUCGGCCUCCCCUUACUCCUUCGGCGCACCUCCGAAUAGCCAAGUGUCCCCGUUUGACGCUUCAGUUCCCGGCACGUUACCCGUUUUGAACAGGAGGUGUGUAGAAGCUGCUGUUCUCACGGCCUUGGCCCUCAACUGCAAAGUCAACGCCGUGUCGCACUUUGAUAGAAAGCAUUACUUCUAUGCAGACAUGCCGGCUGGUUAUCAGAUAACUCAGCAGCGGUCACCACUGGCUACCGGAGGUCACCUGGACUUUGUGGUUUUUGCUCCGGGAUCACAGGAGACGUAUUUCAAACGAGCAACGCUGCAGCAGCUUCAGCUUGAGCAAGACAGCGGGAAGAGCUUGCACGACGCAGAACGCAACCGUAGCCUCAUCGACCUCAACCGUGCAGGAGUUGGAUUGAUGGAGCUUGUUUUCGACGCCUGCUUACAAGACGGCGAAGAGGCGGCCAGCCUUGUGAAGGAACUGCAGCUCAUCUUGCGUUCCCUGGGCGUAUGCAGCUGUAAGAUGGAGGAAGGGGCACUGCGGGUGGAUGCCAACGUGUCGGUGAAUCGUCCCGGAGAGCCUCGGGGAACCAGGACCGAAGUGAAGAAUCUGAACAGUCUGCGGUCCGUCGCUUAUGCCGUAGACUUUGAGAUUGGAAGGCAGAUUGCAGAGCUGACAUCCGGACAGACUAUUGUGAACAUGACGAUGGGAUUUGAUGCCAUCAAGAGGCGGACAGUUCCGAUGAGGGACAAGGAGGUGGUCCAGGACUACCGCUUCAUGCCCGAACCCAACCUGCCCCCCUUGGUGCUUGCCGAAGGCGGUGCCGGUGACCGGGAAGGGGCACGAGGGAUGCCCAGCGUCGAGGAGCUGCGUCGCAGCAUGCCGGUGUUGCCCGCCCAGGAACGGGACCGUCUCGUCCGAGACCACUCCCUCACCCUACACCAGGCGCAGACCAUCGUAGGUGAAGAAGGAUUCCUCAAGCUCUUCGACGAAGUAACAAACUCCGGCGUCUGCAGUUCGAAGAAGGUUGCCAGCUGGCUUCUUAUUGAGCUCCUGGGCCAGUUGAAUGCAGCCCAGCUCACUCUUCAAGACUGUGGUUUGGAUGCGGCGCGGUUCGUCGAGCUGUUAGCCCUGAUGGAAGGCCGGCGUAUCAGUCGGCUGACGGGCGAGGAUGUCCUUAAAGUCCUGGUGAGCGGGGAUUCCCGGAGACCGGAAGAGAUCGUAGAAGAAGCUGCUGCAUGGCAAAUGCCAGAUGACGAGUUACUGCAGCUCUGCAAAAGGGUCAUCGAGGAAAAUCCUGAUGCCGUUAAAGCAUUCAAGAGAGGGAAAGAUCGAGCCUUCAAGGCCCUAAUGGGCAGCACAAAGCAGCUGUCCAACAGGAGGGCGGACAUGAAGACUGCAAAAGCCAUCUUAUUGAAGUUGCUAGCUGAAUGGGAAGGACCAAAAUAAAACUGAUCUAGUCCUUGCCU